AUGUGGACUGCCCGCUCCGAGGUUGUACUCGGCCACAAGUACGAUAUUCCCGGUCUCGUCGAGUAUGCAGCACCUGUCGCUCUUGGAAACAUUAAUCCAGAGAACUGCGUCAGCCAAGUUCGGAUAUUGCGGGCCUACCACGACGACGAGAGGCUCGGGCCAGUUUUCGAGGCACUGCUGAACAAGAUCCAUGAGAGUCCCCAGAUCUUUAAGUCUGUGAUGCUGGGCUUUUGA